AUGCACCGACAGUACUCGCGACCCGCGUCGACGCACUCGGACUCGGACUCGGACUCGGCGCAGGAGGAGGGCGCGCUCGAGUACCGCUCGCUGCCCAGCGGGUUCAGACGCCGCGCCUCGUCCUUCUUCCAGCGACGCCCGCACAUGGACGACGACCGCCUCGACGAGCCUCAACAGCCAUCGAGCGACGACGAGCCGCCACGCCGGCCCGGCAUGUUCUCGCGGCGAGCGCGAGAGGCCUCGCGCCCGUCCCGCUCGCGCGCCCAGUCGCUCUCGGCGCUCGACUCGCCGCAUCUCGACUCGCCAUACGCCCACGACGACGCCUACCUCGACUCGGCGCCGCCAGCCUCGGUCCAACCUCGCCCUCCCUCCCCUCCCUCGCCGAGCGAGCUCGACACGCCAUUCCGUCUUUUCGCCCCGACUUUCUCGCAGCGCCAGCUCGCGCGCCUUUCUCGAGCGUCGCAGCAGGCGCAGGAGCGCGACGAGCACAAGGAGAAGAAGGAGCGCGGGCGCGGGAACACGCGCGCCGAGUUCAAGGUCGCCAUGGGCGUCCUCGAGCUCGUCGAGAGCCAGCGCAAGGUGCGCGGCCGAGGGAGGAGCGCGAGCGGGGCGCGGAGCUUGUCGAGGUCGGGAGAGCACGGCGGGCUGGAGGACGUGCUCGACGAGGUCAAGACCAAGGGCGUCCUCGGCGCGUUCGAGGCCGUCGAGGAGCAGGUCCGCCAUCGAGCGAGCGAGGCCGGCGAGCCUGCUCACCCCGCCUCGGCGGUCGCCGUCGAUCCGGUCCACCACGGCACGUCGGGCUUCACGGCCGUCGAGCGGCAGCGCCUCGCCGAGGUCGGCGGCGCCGCCACGCUUAUGGGCGUCGUCGGCGCAGGCCUGGCGCUCUACGAGCACGAGAAGGCGGUCCACCAGGAGCGCGUCAGCAGCCGUUCAGCGUCGAGAGCUUCGUCAGUUGGUCGGGCCGCAGCUUCGACAACUCGACCUUCCUCUCGUCCGACGGGCACCGAGCUGUCGACCGCCCGACCGUCUGCGGUUCCUGGCCCGCACGCACCGCUCCCGCCCUCGACCGUCUCCCGACCUCUCUUGACGCCGGCUACUGCCGCGCCAACAGCGCCCGCCACGCCCUACUUCUCGGAGCUCACGCCGACCCAGCACCACCUCGUCCAGCACGCCGCCGCCGCGCUCCUGCUCAAGGACAAGAAGCGUGGCACGCUCCACGACGACUUUGAGAAGGCCAUUGGCGGCAUCGAGCACCUCGUCGAGCGGCUCGAGGAGUCGGUACGGGUCGGCGGGCGGUCGGGCAAGGGCAAGCGCCUCAAGAAGCUCUUUGGCACGCCGCUGCCCGACGUCACCAAGCACGAGGGCGUCGACUCGUUCCACGGCGCCAACCCGCACGGGACGGUCCGAGUGCCCGAGUUCAUCGACCACUGCAUCACGGCGCUCAUGCAGAUGGACAUGACGACCGAGGGCAUCUUCCGCAAGUCGGGCAACUUGCGCAUCCUGUCCGAGAUCAUGCACGCUCUCGACAACUCGGGCGGCGAUGACACGGUCAUCGACCUUGCCGCACUCGACCCGAUCACGCUCGCCGACCUCCUCAAGCGGUUCCUCGCCUCGCUCCCGCACCCGGUCCUCACGGGCCACCUCUUCGAGCUUUUCGUCGCCUGCUCUCACAUCAAGAACGUCGGGCUGCGUCGCCGGGCCCUGCAUCUCGUCAUCUGCCUCAUGCCGCGAGUGAACCGCGACGUGUUCGAGGUCAUCGGCGUCUUCCUCGUCUGGCUCUCGCAGUUUGCCCACAUCGCGGUCAAGGUCGGCAACAAGAUGGACCUCUCGGCGAUCGCUACCGUCAUGGCGCCGACGCUUCUCCGCCCCGCUCACCGCGACGCCAAGCCCGCCGAGUACCCCUCGAUGAUUGCCGCCGUCCUCUCGCUCCUCGAGGAGCAGCAGGUCCUCCACGCCGUGCCGUACGAGCUCGCGCAGGUCCUUCACCUCGAGGUGCCGCACGAGCAGCUUCAUCGCGAGGGAGGGAGCGCCGGGCUCGUGCAGCACCUGGCGAGGCUGCUGUGAGCGUGAGGGGCGGUGUGUGUACUACUCUGUGCAACGAUGGACUCUCG